GUUUUUUCUAUUAUUUUACUUGUAGGAUGAGAUACGGAAAAUGCUGGGUAUAUGCCCUCAAAAUGAUAUACUCUUUCCAGAACUAACGGUGAAGGAACACAUGGAAAUAUUUGCAAUUCUGAAAGGUGUGGAUGAUGAUUUCUUGGAACAAAAAGUGCUUCAGAUGAUUGAUGAAGUUGGUUUGAUGGACAAAGUUAAUACAAUGGUUGGUGCACUUUCUGGUGGUAUGAAAAGAAAGUUGUCUCUUGGAAUAGCACUUAUUGGAAAUAGCAAGGUUAUUAUCCUUGAUGAACCAACGAGUGGUAUGGAUCCAUAUUCAAUGAGAUCAACAUGGCAGCUAAUAAAGAAGAUCAAGAAAGGGAGAAUAGUAUUAUUGACCACACAUUCCAUGGAUGAAGCUGAUGUUCUGGGUGAUCGGAUAGCUAUCAUGGCUAAUGGUCGUCUUAGAUGCUGUGGAAGUUCCCUUUUCUUAAAGCACAGAUACGGGGUUGGUUAUACACUCACAAUAGUCCAGACUUCUCCUGGUGUCUCUGUAGCUACUGAUAUUGUCCAUCGUCAUGUUCCAACUGCUACAUGCUUGUCAAAUGUAGGUACAGAAAUAUCUUUCAGACUACCUCUUGCAUCAUCUACUUCGUUUGAGAAUAUGUUUCGUGAGAUUGAAAACUACAUUAGAGGACCAAGCAAGUAUCAGGAAAGCUGCUCUAGUUUUUGUCAGGGCAUUGAAAGUUAUGGUAUCUCUGUUACAACUUUGGAGGAGGUUUUCUUGAGAGUAUCAGGAGAUAACUUUCAUGAAGAUGAUGAGAAUGGUUAUUACAUAUCUCGUACUGGAUCUAUGAAUACAAUUAUUGAAGCAUCUACCUAUACACUUACAAAAUCACCAAAUUCUAAAUUUCUAUUUGGAGUUCAUCUCAAGUUUGUCAGAUGGAUAUGUGCUACUCUGGGAAGAAUAUGCACUUCAAUAUUUGAUGCAGCAUGUGGUUUCGUCACAUUAUUUACUCUCAAGUUUUGUAGUUGUGGCUUGAUUCCAAGGUCUAUAUUUUGGCAACAUUCCAAAGCUCUCCUCAUAAAAAGGGCAAUAUAUUGUCGUCGAGAUAGAAGAUCAGUUAUCUUCCAGCUGUUCAUUCCGGCUUUGUUUUUACUCUUUGGUUUGCUUUUUCUAAAAAUUAAGCCACAUCCUGAUCAGUACUCUAUCACCUUAACAACAUCAUAUUUCAAUCCCUUACUAAAUGGUGGUGGUGGUGGAGGACCUAUCCCAUUCAAUCUCUCUCUAUCCAUUGCUGAGAAGGUUGCAUCUCAUGUUCAUGGUGGUUGGAUACAAAAACAGGAGCCAAGGUCCUACAGGUUUCCUGAUUCUGAAAAGAUAUUAGCUGAUGCUAUUGAAGCAGCAGGGCCACAAUUGGGCCCUGCUCUUCUUUCCAUGAGCGAGUACCUAAUUACUAGUUUUAAUGAAUCAUAUCAGUCGAGGUACGGUGCUGUCGUAAUGGACAAUCAGAAAAAUGAUGGUAGUGUCGGAUAUACAGUGCUUCACAACAGUUCUUGUCAACAUGCAGCUCCGACAUAUAUCAAUUUGAUGAAUGCUGCAAUUUUAAAAAUGGCAACUGGUAAUGAACAUUUAAUGAUUCAAACUCGUAAUCACCCUUUGCCAAUGACAAUAUCACAGCGGUCACAACGGCAUGAUUUGGAUGCAUUCUCUGCUUCAAUCAUUGUCAAUAUUGCCUUUUCUUUCAUCCCAGCGUCAUUUGCUGUUACAAUAGUUAAGGAGCGUGAAGUCAAAGCAAAGCACCAGCAGUUAAUUAGCGGGGUUUCUGUAUUAUCUUAUUGGGUUUCAACAUACAUAUGGGACUUCGUCAGCUUCUUGUUCCCGACAUCACUUGCAGUGAUACUAUUUUUUAUGUUCGAUCUGAAUCAGUUUGUUGGAACUGGAUGCUUCUUACCAACUAUAGUCCUCUUUUUGGAAUAUGGAUUAGCAAUUGGUUCAUCAACAUACUGCCUUACAUUUUUCUUUUCUGAGCACACAAUUGCCCAGAAUGUGGUUUUGCUGAUUCACUUUUUUAGUGGGCUUGUUCUCAUGGUCAUUUCAUUUGUUUUGGGGCUUAUGGAUGCAACUAAAAGUGCAAACUCUCUGCUAAAGAAUUUCUUUAGGUUAUCUCCUGGGUUUUGCUUUGCUGAUGGCCUUGCAUCACUUGCUCUUAGACGUCAAGGAAUGAAGCAGGGAUCUGGAAGUAGUACCCUUGACUGGAAUGUGACUGGGGCUUCUAUCUGCUAUUUAGCAUUUGAGAGCAUUAUGUACUUCCUCUUUACAAUUGCACUUGAAAUUCUUCCCUUUCAAAAGCUAAAUUUGAUGGCAAUCAAAGAGUGGUGGCAAAAUGUUCUCACCCUCCAGCAUGACGGAUCCAAUGACCAUUUCCAGCAUCUUCUGGGAUCAUAUGAAGAUUCAUCAUCUUCCAUAGCUAAUGAGGACAUUGAUGUUAAAGCAGAAAGGCAGAGGAUAAAUAGUGGCCUUGUUGAUAAUGCCAUAAUCUACCUGCAUAAUCUGCGGAAGGUCUAUCAUGCCAGGAAAAACCAUGCUAGAAAAGUUGCUGUCCAUUCAUUGACAUUCUCAGUUCAGGAAGGAGAAUGCUUUGGUUUUCUUGGAACAAAUGGUGCAGGGAAGACAACAACAUUAUCAAUGUUAACUGGAGAAGAGAAACCAACAGAUGGAACUGCAUAUAUUUUUGGCAAAGACAUAAGAUUGUAUCCAAAGGCUGCUCGUCGUCAUAUUGGUUACUGCCCACAGUUUGAUGCACUUCUCGAGAAUCUGACAGCUCGUGAGCAUCUUCAACUCUAUGCAAGAUUAAAGGGUGUUCCUGAAAUCAACCUAGAUGAUGUUGUUAAGGAGAAGAUGGUUGAAUUUGAUCUGUGGAAGUAUGCAGAUAAACCAUCAUAUUGUUUAAGUGGAGGAAACAAGAGGAAGUUGUCUGUUGCUAUUGCUAUGAUUGGUGAUCCUCCAAUUGUGAUUCUUGAUGAACCAUCUACUGGCAUGGAUCCUAUUGCAAAACGGUUCAUGUGGGAUGUGAUAUCUCGCUUGUCGACUAGGCAAGGAAAGACUGCUGUUAUCUUAACUACACAUAGCAUGAAUGAAGCUCAAGCCCUCUGUACCCGGAUUGGUGUUAUGGUUGGUGGCCAACUGAAAUGCCUUGGAAGCCCACAGCAUCUGAAAACGCGUUUCGGAAAUUAUCUUGAGCUUGAGUUAAAGCCUUCGGAUGUCAGCUCCAUGGAGAUAGAAAAUCUAUGUAAAAAAAUACAAGAGAAUCUCUUUGACAUCCCAAGUCAUUCAAAAAGUAUAAUUUCGGACCUUGAGAUGUGCAUUCGUGGCACUGGAACAAUAUCCGUACAAAACAUAUCAGAAAUUAGUUUGUCAAGAGAAAUGAUAAAUUUAAUUGGUCGCAUGCUUGGAAAUGAAGAAUCCACCCAGAUGGCUGUCUUGCCUGUGCCUUCUAGUGAUGGUUUGUAUGGUGAACAAUUUUCAGAGCAACUAUUUCGAGAUGGUGGUAUACCAUUGAGAAUAUUUUCUGAGUGGUGGUUAGCCAAACAAAAGCUAUUGUUAAUUGAUUCAUUUUUUCUCUCUUCAUUUCCUGGUGCUUCAUUUCAUGGAUCCAAUGGCUUGAGCAUUAGAUACCAGUUGCCAUACGGUGAAGGCUCAUCUCUUGCUGACAUAUUUGGACACAUAGAGCACAACAGGGAGGCACUUGGGAUUGAAGAAUACAGUAUCAAUCAAUCCACAUUGGAGACAAUUUUUAAUCAUUUUGCUUCCGCCCAAUAGGAAAAAGAGAUAAAACCACGGUAUCAAACACAAGCUCGGCAUCACAAGAGUUCUGUGGGUUUGUUUUACCUGUCACUCUCAUAUCAAACCCUUUGCGGUUCUCCAAAUUGUUUCACUCCCCUAGUGAGAAGAAACAAGCCCAGUCAUUCAACAGAUCAAGUUUGAAAUCUUGUUUUUGUACUUGACUCUUAUCUAACAGUGUGAUUCAACAGAUCAAGUUUGAAAUCUUGUUUUUGCUAUCGAAGAAUACUACUGUAGAAGGUUCUUAAAAUCAUUUCGCUUCCGCCUGAUAUGAGAAUGAGGACACCUCCACAUCAAGUACAAGCUCAGCUUCCCAAGUUCUUGUGGUUAUGCCGAGGCAUUUGGAUGUCAACAGGCUCAUCAAAUGCGUGCUUGUCUAUGUCUAUUAAACCCUAGCAGUGGGCAGCAUCUCUUCCAUCAUUCUUGGCAUCUUGACUUUUGGUGUUUGGAAGCAACCAAAUCUUUGAAAGGUGAAUGCCUGCCCACGCUUGUAGUCACAAAGUUAAGCUCGGUGCUCAAGUCACAGUCAAAAGAUAAUUUUAUUCUUAGAUUUGAUUGACAUAAAAGCAUAUGAACUUAAUCUUGAAUCAAGUUUGUUGGCUUGUCCAAGAAGGGGUAAGACCUUUAGCGAGUGAAUCAACAAGCUGCUUUCUCAGAAUCGAACAAAAUUAAUGCAAUUAUGAUUUUUAUUUUUA